AUGAGACACAUAUCCGAUACGUUCUCAACCCUCCGCAUUAUCGAUUACAAACUAUACAUUGGGGGAAUGGACUUUGCAGGCUGUGCUUUGGUUAGUGAGCUGGAAACGUUCCCUUUCAAUGCACAAUUCCUGAUGGAAAAGAAGGAAAUCUGGGACAAAAUCCUUGAUGCCGAAAGAAUACAAAUCGAUAAACCCUGGCAUAAAGUCAUCAUUCACAAAAUCCCAAUUCAGGAAUUCUCAGGUCUGAAAGGUAUGGACCUAAUCAAAGAGGAAGUCAAUACCUUCAAUCCAGGGCUCAGUAUUAUGGGUACUCCUUACUGGCUUACCAAUGCCUCCAAGAGAGCCAAACAACAAGAUGGAGCAAUAGUCAUUGCAUUUGCUACACAAAAAGAAGCAGAUAUAGCUAUCCAGAAAAGGCUAUAUAUUGCAGGCAUUAGUGUUAGAGUAGAAAGAUUCUAUCCAUCUACUCCUUCAUCCCAAUGCAACAGAUGCCAGGGAUUCGGCCAUAACGAAUCAUACUGCAAAAAACCUCCAGCUUGCGGACUUUGCAGUAAUAAUCAUGCUACAGUCGGUCAUUUCUUCAUUCAAGAACCCUGGAUCCUCUCGAAUCCUGAGAAAGACUUCUCCUCAACCAGAUCUAUUGCCCACUCUAGCUUCUCUCAACUCCUCCCAAAUAAUCCUUCGAACCUGCGUCCCCGAACUAUGAUCUACAUUUCAAAAGGAUUCAAACCGCUAGUAGCCCUAGCUCCCAACUCCCCUAAUGAUCCAGAUAUUCAAAUCAUUGAUAUCACUCAAGGAAAACAUACAAUACAACUCAUCAAUAUCUACAAUGAAGCGGACCAAGCCAAAGAAAAAGGCCACACCAUCGAAAGAUGCCUUUACAAUACCCCUCUUACUCAUCACACCAUCCUCGUAGGAGAUUUCAACUCCCAUCACCCUUGGUGGGACCCCUUCUCUAACAAAAGCUCAAAUGCCGACCUACUCGCCGAAUGGUUUGAGGAUCACAAUCUCAUUCUAUUUAACGAACCAGGCACGAGCACCUUUUAUCGAACAAAUAUGACAAAUCCAAGUGUCUUAGACCUUACUUUAGCCACAGAUUCAGUAUCUCCCUAUAUCACUGAUUGGCAAGUCCUCCCGGAUCUUGGAUCAGAUCACUUAAGCAUUCUCUUUGAAGUAAAGGGCACUUUAUCCCGUACAACGAAUAUAGCUCAGCCAGCAAGAUUCAAUACAAAACUUGCGGAUUGGGAAAAAUUCGCGAAUACCCUCAAAUCGAAAAUAUCGAUAUCAACCACCUUAAAUUCGAGUGAAUACCUUAAUAUCGCUACCUCAGAAUCCAACUCUCUUGAUUCCCUUCUCGACAAGAGCCAAUACAUACAAGUAUUGGAUGAAGCUGCAAAAGAAUUCACCCGAAUAAUCACUUAUUCGGCUGAAACCAGUAUACCGAGAAUCAAGUCCACAAAAAGAGCUAAACCCUGGUGGUCCCCAGAGCUGAAAGCCCUUCGAAAACGACUCUCUAAUGCAUUUGAGAACGCCAAGAUUUACCCGGAAGACGAUAUGUUCAAGAAAAUCUACCAGUCAGCCAGGAAUCAUUACUUCCAAGCUAUUAAAACAGCAAAGAAAAACCAUUGGAAUGAGUUCCUUGAAAAAGAGGAUACCCAAUCCAUAUUCAAGGCAAUGUCAUACACAAAAGAUAUACAAACCGAACGAAUCCCGAAUAUUCGAUCCAAUCCCUCUAAACUAGAAAAUUCUUUCGAGGGAAAAUGCUCUGCAUUUAGAUCGACCCUAUUUCCUCCUCCUCCAUUCACCCCACCGCCCAAUUGGGAAAGCUAUAAACAAUCUAAGAAAUGGGAAUGGCCUGAUCUCACAGAGAGCGAACUCCUAAACGCGUGCUCUGCAAAAAUCAAAGGAAAGACCCCUGGCCCCGAUGGGAUCACUCAAGAUAUCAUUAUUCAAGCGUACAAAGCAAUACCAAAAGCAUUCUUCACCCUCUUCAGUCAUCUUAUCAACCUUGGUUACCAUCCUUCUUGCUGGAAACAAGCCACUGGAGCGAUACUCAAGAAACCUUCAAAACCAGACUACUCGGCCCCAAAAGCUUAUAGAGUUAUCGCCCUACUAAAUUGCCUUGGCAAAAUAAGUGAAAGAAUUCUAGCUCAAAGGCUUAGCUACUUAGCGGAGACUACGCAAUUACUUCAUUACUCUCAAAUGGGUGGAAGACAAAAGAAAUCAGCCAUCGAUACAGCAAUCUUACUCACUACCGAAAUCGAAAGAAAUUCAAGAUCCAAGAAGAAAACCUCAACUCUCUUCCUGGAUGUUAAAGGCGCCUUUGAUCAUGUAUCUAUGAACAAAUUAUUAGAUAUCUGCAAGAAUCUAAACCUCCCAACCAGCCUAAUCGCCUGGAUCUCAUCUUUUUUGAAGGAAAGGCUACUCAAGCUCUCAUUCGAUGGCCAAAUUGAAACCUUCAAACCGAUCAAUACCGGGAUCCCCCAAGAUACGAAGACAGCCUCAAUCAAGCUUCCGAACGAGGAGAUAAUUCAACCCUCAACACUAGUCAGAUGGCUAGGCAUAUGGUUCGACCCUGGCCUCAGUUUCAAACAACAUGUCACAAUCCGAGCUACCCAGGCUAAAACCUCAUUCUACCGAAUGGCUAGACUUGCUAAUUCUGAAAAAGGCCUUAGUCCCAAGGCAAUGAGACAGCUCUAUAUGGCAUGCGUCACCAGCAUAGCUGACUACGGUUCAAUUUUAUGGUGGAAAGGGCAAAACCAAUUCAAGAAAAUCCUUCAAUCCUUGCAAAACCUCGCCCUUCGAAAAAUCCUAGGAGUAUUCAAAACCUCACCAAUAAAACCAAUGGAAAUAGAAGCCGCAUUGUGCCCUCCAGAAGUACGGCUAAAUGCUGGAAUCAAACAAUACGCAUUUAGAUUAUUGAAAAUCUCGCCUUCUCAUCCUGUCAAUUUAGUAGCUACAAAGCUGGCUACAGAAAAGGAGAAUCAAGAUGUAGUUGCAACCCCUCAAAGAAAGCAAUUAAAACCUACUCAACUCGAAAAGAUCAAAAAUUCAAUUCAGAAAGACUUCGAUCCUCUCACUUUGGAAGGAAUCCAUCAUUUCUACUUUCCUCCUUGGAAGAAAGAAGUUCCAUAUAAAGUCAAUAUCAGCAAAUUAGGAAAAGAAGAAGCUGCGAUGAUUCACAAUCUGGCUUUCAAAUAUAGGUGCAAAAAUACCAUUACAAUAUACACCGAUGCCUCAUCCACUUUAGAGGGAAUAGGGAUUGGAAUCGGGAUAGCGGUUAUCUUACCAAAUGGCCGAAUUUCUCAUCAAGAGACUAUCAAUAUAGGCGUGAAUCAGCUUGUCUAUAAUGGGGAGCUCCUAGGAGUUACUAAAGCGAUCGAAUACGCAAAUUCAAUAGCCCAACCAGGAAACAAGUUCAAGAUAUACUCAGAUAAUCAAGCAGGAUUAUUCCGGUUGAAAACCCCCUCCGAUUUACCUGGUCAAUCAUGUCAAAUCAAAGCUAUAAAAGCUGCGGAAGCUAUUCAAAAUAAAGGAGCCGAAAUCUCUCUCAAUUGGGUCCCUGGACAUACAUCUGUACAAGGAAAUGAGCUAGCUGAUUCUCUUGCAAAAGAGGCGACCAAAAUACCAUCCUCAUCUCACGAAACCAGUUAUGCCUCCAUUGGAAUGGAUAUAAAAAGAAUGAAAUCAGAGAACUGGAUAACCAUCCUUAACACUAACAACUUUCAUCAACCAUCGUCAACAUAUUCAAGAAACUACCCCUGGAAGAUCAGCUCAAAAAUCAGAAUUCCAGGAAACAUCAAAAGAAGCACAAUCUGUGCUCUGUUCCAACUCAAAAUUGGACACGGAUACUUCAAAUCUUAUUUGAAACGAUUCGGUAUCUCCUCUAAUGACAAUUGUAGAUGUGGGGGAAAGGAAUCUCCUGAUCAUCUUCUGCUCAGUUGUCCUUUAUAUAAAAUGGCAAGGAAAACCCUCAAUAAGGAUAACCCCACAGUCCGACCUACCAUGAAAUAUCUGCUUCACACUAAAGCAGGAAUCAUCAAGACCCUCGAAUUUAUCGAGGCGACGAGAAUAGCCACCAGAUCAUGGCAUCUCAAUAGAAUGCAUGAAGAAGAAGAGGAAGAAGGCGGAGAAGAAGGGGGUGGACCGGAAGAUUGUGAUUGA